UGGAGUUCAGGAAACAGAUGAGAGUGGACACCAUCAUAUCUGACUGGAGACCUCCUGAGGUGAUCGAGAAGUACGUGUCUGGAGGGAUGUGCGGCUACGACAGGGAGGGAAGUCCCAUCUGGUACGAUGUGAUUGGUCCCCUGGAUCCCAAAGGUCUGUUGCUGUCGGCAACCAAGCAGGACUUCCUGAAGACCAAGAUCAGACACACAGAGAUGCUGCGGCAGGAGUGUCAGAGGCAGACCGAGAAG